ACCUGUAAAAGAAUGUUCCUCCCCAAAGUCCUGGAGAAGCAUGCCAAAAUCUGCCAAAAGUCAGCAUCCAAACGAAGGAAGGUCUUUGACUCCAGCAGGCAAAGAGCGGCUGGUACAGAUAUCCCAACUCUCAAACCCCUAAAACCAAAGGUAAGACUACACAAUAAGGGGUUAGCUUCAGUCCUCUCUGGCAAAGCAUCCUUGAACGAGAUGCUGCUUGUGAUGUCCUUGCAAUUUGAUAUCGAAUAGUGGGCCUUAUAUUGAUAUAUAUGCACAUAUUUGUCCAAAUAGCCUUUUCUUUUGUCAUACAUCUGGUUAAGAAGUCCUAUGUGGUAGUACUGAUGGAACAAUUCUGCACGCCUUCAGUAUCAGUCGCGCAUCUACAUCAACUCCACCUGUCACACUACUGCCACCAAGCGGUGAAAGUGUGCACAUCUCGAGGAAGCACUCCGCCAGAAACAUCCCUGUCCCAACAGUGCAAUCUUUUUUACACAGUGCCAUCAAUGGAAGUGAAUGUAAAAUGUCCAUUUAACCUUGAAGUCAUUCCUUUGUUUGAUGUACACAUUUGCAACAAAUGCAACUACUUUAUAUUUCAGUCACAAAGUUCAUCUGCUCAAAAAGCGGAGCCCCCAAAGAAGCCGUCCAACUGGCGCAAGAAACAUGAAGACUUCCUCGCAGUCCUCAAGGCAUCCAAAGCCAGCGCGAAGGCCAUGAAGGAAGGCGGACCUUUGCCCCCGCCUCCUGCUCCGACGUUUGACCCGGACCUAGUCAAGUGUCCUUAUUGUCAACGGAGGUUCAACGAAAAUUCGGCUCAAGGGCACAUUAAGUUCUGUCAGGAUCAGGCUUCCAGGAUGAGUAACAGAAACAAAAGCGAACCCAAGAAAGCUCCUGCUCGCACACAGUACAAGCCGCCUCCUCUUGUCAAGAAGGUCAACUCCGCAUCAUCAAGCAUCCCUUCGGCUUCCUCCCGUCUGCCUGCACGAUCAGGCCUUUCCCAGCCGACUGGAGUGCCUUCCAGUAAGACCUCCCCUGCAGCUUCAAUGAGGCCGAGCCCGAGCCCGAGCCCUUCUUCCGGUGUGGGGAUAAAGAACCGAGUCGUGAGUUCUGGAUACGGUUCUGUGAGAAACACUACGCCUGUAAGAGGACCACUCAAUAGGAAGAAAUUAGAGGACACUUGCAUAACGAGGGAUGAUGUCGAUGGCAGUGUGGGCAAUGGUGACGUAAAGAGCAAGUUUUGUCACUCGUGUGGGACCAGGUACCCCAUAGAAGCUGCAAAAUUCUGCUGUGAGUGUGGCAUCAGAAGGCUGUGUAUUUGAAAGAUGGCUUUCCCACUCAUGGUAAUGAGUCAACGCUAUUUUUUUUGCGCGGGUUUACAAUUUAGGUUUUCCAUGUAGAUCAGGGGUCUCAAAGUCAAUUUACCUGGGGGCCACUAGUGUGGGGUGAGGCUGGGCUGGCCGCAUUGGGUUUCUUUUAGGCUCGGGUAAAAACCUUUACAUCCCUGUUCUGAAAAUUAAACCACAGCUUUCCAAUUGUUCUGAACAGUGGCAUAUGUUUAGUUAAGUCACAAAAAGGGAUGAGGUGGGAAAAGUGUUAAGCGCGGGUUGAAUCAGUGGUGAGACACAAUCAUUUCCCCUUGUCGCUCAGUCCUCGCUCAAGCAUAACUGUAACUGCUUCUCAAUUUCAUCAUAGGAGAAUUUAGUCCCAUCAAUAAGUGCAAUCUCAUUUACCGACUUAGGAAAAUGUGCGUGUUAGGUGUUUUUUUUUUCUUUCUUUUCUUCCAAGCCCCUUUUGACUUUUAAUGCUGAUAUUUCACAAACGGUAGCAUUGUCUAUAAUGUUCCUUUUUUUUUUCCCAGCUAGUUAAUUUAAUUUCUUCCGUCCAUAUUUCAACUCCUUUUUACUGGGUGACUUUGGAGUUUGUUAAUAUUGUACCAAAAGUCAAUUCUGUUUUAUUUGCACAUGUACCUUGUGUUUCCCCCCCCCCUUUCAUUGAUUACAACAAAUAUUCAACUCUCAACAGAAUUGACUAUUCAAUCAAAUCACUGUGUUUCAAUUGAGGUAUUUAUCAGAAAUGUGUGUCACUGUGCAAGAGCGCACUCCAAAUAAAUAGUUGGACUUACUGUCAUGGAAAAAAACAUGACUUCCAAUUGAA